GCUCGGCCCUUUCAUUCAUGCUAAUGAUAUUCUAAUAGACAGCUGUAUGCAGUUGUAGUAAGAGCAUGCGCAGUGCGUGAAAAGAAUACGGCGAAGAUUCAAAGUUUUUGUUCAAUUUUUGCCAUAACCGAAAAACAAACUGACUAUGUUUGGCUUUCACAAGUCAAAGAUCUACCGGAGUAACGACGGCUGUUGCAUCUGCAAGACCAAGUCGUCCAGUUCACGCUUCACAGACAGCAGUCGAUAUGAAGAGACUUUCGGACUCUGUUUUGGGCUGUCAGAAGAUCGUGUUGGAGACAUUUGCAAUGCCUGUGUGUUGCUAGUGAAGAGGUGGAAGAAGCUACCUAAUGGCUCCAAGAAAAACUGGAACCAUGUGGUGGAUGCCAGAGCUGGGCCAGGCUUCAAGAUGACAAAACCCAAGAAGAUCAAGAACAGUGAUGGGAAGAAGAAAAGCAAGCUAAAGAAGCUUCACAAGUUAAAGAGACAAACAGACUCUGAUGCCCACAGCACAACCUCCAGUGUGUCUCCUGCGCAGUCCCCCAGUUACAGCAACCAGUCAGAUGAUGGCUCAGAGAUCGAGUCCAAACAGAGACGCCCGACUCCAACCAUCUUCUCUUUCCUGGACCGUUCAUACUGGAAAAGGCAAAAGGUGUGCUGUGGGAUCGUCUAUAAGGGGCGGUUUGGAGAGGUGAUUAUUGAUCCUCGACUCUUCAAACCCUGCUGCAGUUCCAAAAAUCUGGCGUCCACACAAGUGGCUGCACACCUUCCAGACGCGCUUCCUCCACAACUCCCAGAAGACAUGAAAGAAACCUGGUGAUUGCUUUUGUUGAAUCCCCCUGUAGGGUUAUCCAUGGCAUCCUCCAGGAUUUGUCUCCAGUGGCAGACCUCCUAAUUUCCACUCCCCCAAUUAGAGCAGUUAGUUAGAUGUUUCUUUUCUAUGUAAUGUUCCUUUUUAUAUGGGUAUUUUUUAACUUUUGUAUAGAGUUGAUUUUCUUUUCUUUUUAUAGAAAGUAAAAGACAAAAAAAACAACAACUUAUGGGCAUUAGUGUUUAUUUAUAGGCUGAGGAAGCAAAUUUUGUUGAGGCUCCGUUUUUGGUUAUUUUGUAUUAAGUGAUGAAUGCUUUGUAAAUAUUGUCACCUUUUCAUACAUAUCAAGACUGUUCUAUAUAUAUUUUUUUUUUAAUAUAAUUUGUCUGAUUGUAAUUGUGUGUGUAUAUGAAACACACCAGCUAUUCUAAUACCAGCUUUUUUGUGUGUUGAAGUAACUCUUCAACAUGUUGCUGCAACGUCUUGUCUCAUCUGUUUUUUUUUUUUUUUUCUUCUUCAUAUGUGCGACUGCGUGAGUCUGUAGGAUUUGUAGUGCACAAAUGGCUGUUGGUUAGCCCAGGGAUAAUUAGUACAACUGUUCUAUGAGCUUUUAAUGUGUGUAUAUAGUUAAGAACACACAAACUCCCAGAAACUUUCACAUCUUAAGCAUGCUACAAGUUUGAAACGCUCCAUUUUGAUUUGUUCAUCAGUUGGUGCACAUUGACUCAGAUAGAUGUGGUUAGACCAUGCAUGCAGUACAUUCCUCCGCCUUUUUGAAUGACGAAAGUAAUUAAUUUAUUUCUUUUGUACAGCCUCCAAUGAAAUGACAAUGCAUGUUGUAAAGCAAAUAUUUUAAAAAUGGAUUUUGUAAAUACAGUGUUUUGACUCUUGGUACACUCGAACCUUUUUAAAUUACAGGACUUCUGUAAAAAAAAAAAAAAAAAAGUUUGUCUAAGGUGCUGAAAACAUGUACUUUUACACUAAGCCAGUUGAUGGGUUUUUAUCACAUUUUCACAUCUAAUUUUGUCAGACAUAUUUCUGUAAUGGCGUGCAAGGCUUUAGCCUAUGCUCUGCAGAAAUAUGUGUAAACUGCAGGGAACGGUAGAUGUUUAAUUCCAGCAUCAGUAAGCUGUAUUAUUCCUUAUUUGUUUGAUUGCUAA